AAGGAGAGACUCUAGGAGUCAGGGAGAGAUCGAGGAAGAAACAGGAAAGCCAGAAAGAAGGAACUGGGACACAGGGGAGCUCCCCAAGGUUAAGGGAGCCAGGUUCUCAAUGUGGUCUCAGCCCUCCUCUUCCCUGUGGGUUCCCUCGGGCUUCAAAAAGGAAGAGGAGGCAGCAGGGGGCAGAAGGAUCGGGUGUGGGUGGUCCAGUCAGAGAUGUCCUCUCCACCCUCCUGAGACAACCCCCACCCGCCUUCCCAGGAUGCAGCAAGAUGUGGAGGCCCCGUGUGGCUCCACCACGAGCACCCCCGGCAUGCACAGGGAAGCAGGAGCCCUCCUUGUGGACCUCGAGACCUCAGAAGAGACACAGGCUUGGAGCCUGGGCAGGCCCACCAAGACCUCGAAGCAGUACCUGCGCCGGGUCCUUGCAGAAUAUGAGGCUCUAGAUCGAGAGCUCCCGUGCAUCCGGAAGUUCCCCGUGCCACCCACAGCCCAGCCCCUCUGCCUGUGCAUGGAGACCUUGCCUGAGGAGGACUUGACCCACCUGGAGGUGCUGGAGGCGCUGGAGGCCGAAUUACCCGGGGCCUUGGAGAACGGCCGCGUGAGCAGCAUCCGCUUUGAGAACAUGAACGUCAUCUGUGGGACUGCGGGGCGCAGGGACCGGUGGCUCAUCACGGUUACGGACUUUCAGACCCGCUCCCGCCUGCUGCGCUCCGGGCUCCACCUCCGCGGGUUAGCGCACCCGCUAGCUCGCCACGACGAACUGUUGCUGAGCGAUUACCGCCUGCACCUGCGCCGCUCCCUGGUCCGACGGCGCAUGCUCGAGGCUCUGGGGGCGGAGCCGACCGUGGAAGACUGACGAGUGGGGACGGGCUCCGGCUGCGCUUGCUCAACGCCCAGCUGGUUCGGGCGAUUCACGCGGAACGCGGGAGGAAAGGGGGCGUUGCCUCCCCAGGAAGGAGGCGGGGCCAGCUCGAGGGGGUGGAUACUGUGAGUUUAAUUAUAAAGAAUGACCUGGUACAAAAGCCA